AUGGUGGGGCAUCUGGUUGCAUGCGGCAAUGCAAUGUACCUCUUCGGAGGCCGUGACAUUCUCGACAAUGGGAAGCUGCGCGCGACGAAUGACAUGCACAAAUUUGUGCCCAAUUGGAAGGAGGAGAAUGGAGUCAUGACUGACCUCACCAGCAUUGUGUGCACCAGAGUGGCUGCAGGGGUGGCAUCGAACGAGGACAGGGCGGUGAUUGUGGGGGGUUGGACCGCUGCGCGCCCAGAGGUCACCAGAGCAGAGAAGGUCCUAUGGCUGGCAGACGUCUGGGAGUACCACUUUGACCUGAACUGCUGGAUCCAGGUGGUGCCGGCGGACAAGAAGCAGGCCUGGAUCUCAGGGCGCCAGACUUCUGCAUGCGGCUUCGUGGACAACGACACGCUGCUGUGUGUGGGCGGCCACGGGCCAGCAGACCCGACAGAGCGCAACAUGCUCGCCCACUUCACAUACACCCCUGGACCGGCCCUCGCUCUGCAUGCCAGCUUGAACAAACAGGGCCGCUGGAGGGAUCCGUCAGUGGAGCGCGCAUGCAAAGCAGUGGCAGAGCUGAGGUCUGCCGGGGAGUUGGCGCAUGUGCCGGAGAAGAUGCAGCAGCUUUACGGGGCCCCGGAAGGGUCCGUAACGAUGUUGACACCAGACGUGUGGAACAUAGCAACCGGCAUACUCACCCCUAGCGAUGACAGCAACCUAGGGGUCAGGAAUGCGCUGCCCCCGGGUUGCAAGCUGUGUCAAGCGCUCCAGCUUCCUCUGAGGCCGUUGACUGACCAGGGCUUCUGGGGCUCGGGGUGCCGCCCCUUUGAGCUGACGCCUCGCUGGCUGACAUCACCCUGUGAGGUCAGCGCCAACCUCAUUGCCUCCCGCCCAGAUGAGUCACAGAACCAGCCUGGCACCAUGCGGCACGUGGUAAAACAGUUGGGCACAGCCAAGGCAGCAGCGGAGUACUUCAGACUGUGCCAGCCAGACUUGGCGCCAGAGUCAGAUCAAGAUUAUUCUGCCAGGUGGCGCCCUGUGCAGGUGUGCCGGGGUUGCCGCCUGGUGCGCUACUGCUCACCAGAGUGCCAGCUGGCAGACUGGGAGAACCAUAAGCCAGUCUGCAAGCAUUUUUCUGCGCCUGACAAGAGCGCUUAG